GCCCGCCCGGUUGGUGCCCGCGCGCCGCCGUCUCCGCAGUGAGGUCACGGGUGGGCGGCGCGUGCGCGGUUUCUGCUCCACUGUUGGGGUGUCGGAGACCCUACGAUGCAGGGUUAUAUAAAUGGAUUGACAGAGAUUUGUAUUACUAGCCCAAAAAAUGAAUCUUGCCUGUGGCCUGGAUCUUAUUUUCAUUGCCAGUAAUUUGGGGUAGGAAAACUGAUACAUGCUAGGGUAAUUUUUACUGAUGCUGACACUAUAGGGAUGUUUAGUUUCCACCAGGAAUCCUGGAUCAGCCUUUAAUUUGUGGAUUUAUCACUGAAUUACUAUAAUAAAUUUCUCCACCACUGGAGGUGUUGUUAUUUAAACUUUGCUGCACAAUAAAUAAAUAAAGCAACUAAGCUCUGUGCUUGAUCCUAUGAGUUGAAAGGGAUGUGCUGCAUAAAGUAUACACACAAUUAUCUUUUGGAAGAUUUGCAUUAACACUAGCACUGCUCAGUGAGAACAAGUGAUAAUUUUUGUAUUUAAUACUUAAAUGCAAGCAUAUAUAUGAAAAGCCAGUAUGUUUUUUUAAAAGAAAAACUUGAUCAAAACCAGAUGUUUUUUGCACCAAACCGCAAUUUUUCUACUAGAUUAAUUCAUUAGAAUGAUAUCUAAAUAAUGGUAUAGGGGUAUGAAAUUAUAACCUUUUGUAUGCACGUUGUGCUGUUCAUUUAAUAAAAGAGAACUGAACAAAUAUUUUUAAACCCAAAAUAAAACUCUUCUUAACCCUUCCACCCUUGACUUUGAUGCUACUACAUGCAAAGCGGAUUACAUUUGUAACUCUUGAGGUCAAAGGAUUAAAUCCUCACUUUAAGGAGGUGGCGCAACAUUUGCUGGGUGUGGGAUAAUUAAAAUAGUUGGAAAUUGGCGUGUUUUUAAGAAAAACAAAACAAACACGUAAUUAGGAAGAUGCACAUUUCAAACUUAUUUAUUUAAAAUUCUGCAGUUCAGUGAUGGAAAGUCCACAAACAGAUUUCUCUGUAAGUCCAGGUUCUGAGCAAAAAGAGAGUGAGGUCCAAGAAGAUGGCAGUCCACCAGUAAAAAAAGUAAUGACAGAAAAGCAUGUCAAUAGCAAAGUACAAGCUGUACUAAAUAAAUUGCCAACAAUAAAGAAGGAAAAUGUGGAUGAAUAUGAAGAAACUCCCAUGGAGUCUGAUGGAGAAAAUGCCAAACCAAACAGUACUACGUUAUCUGAGUCUUUGAAUUUAAAUCCUGGUUUGAAACACACAUUGGCACAGUUCCAUUUAAGCAGCCAGAGUUCACUGGGUGGACCAGCAGCUUUUUCAGCUCGUUAUUCCCAAGAAAGCAUGUCACCUACUGUCUUUGUGCCUCUUCCAUCACCACAGAUACUUCCUAGUCCACUGCUUAUUCCUUCAGACAGUUCCACUGAGCUCACUCAGAGUAUAUUGGAGGGAGAAUCUAUUUCUUGUUUUAAAGUUGGAGGGGAAAAGAGACUCUGUUUGCCUCAAGUGUUGAAUUCAGUGCUCCGAGACUUUUCACUACAGCAAAUUAAUACAGUGUGCGAUGAACUGUAUAUAUACUGCUCGAGGUGCACUUCUGACCAGCUUCACAUCCUAAAGGUUUUGGGAAUCCUUCCAUUUAAUGCCCCAUCCUGUGGGUUGAUCACACUGACUGAUGCUCAAAGACUAUGCAAUGCUUUACUACGUCCUCGCACUUUUCCUCAAAAUGGCACUCUGCUUCCUGCAAAAAACACAUUGUUCCAAUUGAAAGAGACUGGCAGUGCCUUUGAAGUAGAGCAUGAAUGCUUGGGCAAGUGCCAGGGUUUGUUUGCACCUCAAUUUUAUAUUCAGCCGGAUGCUCCGUGUAUCCAGUGUUUGGAGUGCUAUGGAAUGUUUUCACCCCAGACAUUUGUGAUGCAUUCGCAUAGAUCUCCUGACAAGAGGACCUGCCACUGGGGCUUUGAAUCAGCCAAAUGGCAUUGUUAUCUUCAUGUUAACCAAAAAUAUUUAGGCACUUCAGAGGAGAGAGAACUGAAGCAUCUUUUGGAGGAAAUGAAGGAGAAGUUUAGCAUGAAAAAUCCGAAAAGAAUUCAAUCCAAAGCAGAUCCUCAGCAAAGCCUAGAAUUGCAGCAAUGGUAUCCAGUUAUAAAGCAUGAAGCAGACCCUGUUACUCAGUCACAUUCAUUUGUCCAUCCCAGCUAUUAUCUUUACAUGUGUGAUAAAGUGGUUGCUCCAAAUGUAUCCCUUACAUUGCAAUGUAAAGAAGCUACAAAAACAGCAGUCAAGAUUUCAGAAGUAAUUAAAUCUUUACCUGGACAGUCACAGAAACAAGUCAAUAGUGUUAAACACAAAAAAGCUGCCUCAUAUCCAGAACUCUCUCUUGAAGAGCAGGAAAAAAUCGACUUAAAAACUAGCACAGAACUGCAUAAAAGUGUGGAUCCGCCUAUGUCAACUAAUUCUACAAGACGAGGGAAAUCUGAACAUGCCACUUCCAAAGCCACUGCAAAAUCUAACCAGGUUGAAAUAGGCAAUGGUGCACAAACCUCAUCCGCAACUACUAUCAAGGACAUCAGUUGUGAAGAUGACAAGGGAAGAAUCAUGGAGGAAGUAAUGAAAACCUACCUUAAACAGCAAGAAAAACUGAAUGCUAUUUUGCAAAAGAAGCAGCAGCUUCAAAUGGAAGUGGAAAUGUUAAGUAACUCUAAAGUUAUGAAGGAACUAACUGAGGAGCAGCAGAAUUUACAGAAAGAACUUGAAUCUUUGCAAACUGAGCAUGCUCAAAGAAUGGAAGAAUUUUAUGUUGAGCAGAGAGACUUGGAGAAAAAACUGGAACAAGUGAUGAGGCAGAAGUGUACCUGUGACUCCAAUUUAGAAAAGGACAAAGAAGCUGAAUAUGCAGCACAGUUGGCAGAACUAAGACAGAGACUGGAUCAUGCAGAGACAGAUAGACAAGAGCUCCAAGAUGAACUGAGACAAGAACGAGAAGCAAGAGAAAAGUUAGAGAUGAUGAUUAAGGAACUGAAGCUUCAGAUUUUGAAAUCUUCAAAGAAUGGCAAAAGAAAAUAGAAGUUGGUAGAGGGAAUCUCAGUUGUAUCUUUCAAGCUGGGUUGUUUGUAGUUGAACUGUGUGCAAUUUACCUGUAUGAUAAGACAAAGUAUUUGUAGUUCCCAAAACAAAAACCAAGGUGAUGAUAUAUAUCUUGAUAUACAUUUUUAGAUUUUCUUAACUAAUGAAAAUCUGCAUUUCUUUGUACUGGUGUUUUUUCUCAGACAGCUAUUAAUAGUAUGAAACCUUUUGUUUUAGAACAAUUUCUUCCUAUAUUUCUAAGGCAGGCUUGAGGACUCUGCACCUUUUUAAAGUAGCAUUAUAUGUUUAAAAUAUACUGUUGUCAUUUUUAUUUUGCUGCCCAUUGCAUAUCCAGUUAUAGAAAUAUGUAUUUUUUAAUUUUGAUCAUUUCAAAACCUAAAAUAGAAAAACAGAAUUUAGGUUACAAUGAAAAAUUCCGUGACAAUAAGGGCAGCUUUUCAUUUGUAAAUUAAUGCUGCAUGUUGGCAUGCUGAUAAAGGAAGAUUGACCAUCAGAAAUUUAAUAGCCAGAGUUUUUUUCCAUAAUUUCAUCUGUAUGAAUUUUCAAACUGUUAUUUUUAAUAGUUGCUAUUAAAUGUCUAUUAUCAAAAUGGAAGGAUUUCAAAAUCUAAGUUGUGGUAUUCUGUUGGCAUUUUGGAGGAUGAUAACAUUAUUAUGCAUUUCAGUGUGAAAAGGAACAACUGAAACGGAAUCCUGUGCAUUUUAAAGUAUAAAAAUCUCCUUCCCUCUGCUCCCAGCCCAUCUCCCUCCUUUCCUUCCUCCCUCCCCAGCCUUUUCAUGUAACAGCUAUUGAAGAAAGUCUU